AUGUCUGCUUCCAACUUCCACGAACGCUCUCAGAUAGCUCGCAACUCUCCUGAAUACGUACCGAGCGAGGCGUCAGUACGAAACUCGCCGCUCCCUGGCCCCAAUCCUGCGAUGCGAAAUAACCGACCGGCCUUGCCUCGAAAUGCUGUCAUGAACCGAGAACAUCCUCCCCUUCACGCCGGAGACUAUAACAAUAACCUGUCUAAGGACAUGUACUGGUGGGAAAAGCUAGAUGUCAACGACCCUGAAGAGAAUAGGGUCCUUCUGGCCAUGUACUAUGGCGAGGAACGUCACCCUCGCUGCAAUGUAUGCGAAAAACAAAACCGUGCUUGCAUGUGGUUUCUUGGGGAAGAAGAUCAGAUCAACAAAAGCUGCGUCAAGUGCCGUCGCGUACAUGCUACAUGCAAGACUAUCGGGAGUCACGAAUCGAGUGACGACCUGAGACCGAGUAUUGAAACUCGCGAGAAUACCGCCCAGCGUAUAUCCUCUCACAAACGCAAAGCAACCGAACCUGACGUAACGAAAUCUGCCAAGCGCACCCGCUCUUCUUUGAGAGUCUACUCAACCAGAGAGUCUACUGAUGACCAACCGGAAGUCAUCUGUGUAAGAUCUCAGGGGAAGCAGGAUGCUGAACAUCUUGAAAUCAACCACCAAAACGGCUUCGAGACGCCUUCGUACGGUGAAACUCAAGUCAAGACCCUCCCUGAUCAAUCUUCCACUGCCGAACGUAGAGAUGAUCGUCUCUCAAGCAUUACACUAGGAGCAGACGUGCGCUACCUGCAAGACACACCCAAAAGCCUUCUUCGUGUACGCCCCCAACAUUCACAGGACAAUACUCUGCCUGGCGUCACUCAAAUCGGAAAGGGGCUAUGUGCGCUCAUUGACGAGCGAUACAAGAACGAGCUUGACGGUCUCAGAGCCACGGUCAAGAAUCAGGCAGUCGAUCAUCAAGCCCAACUUACGACCCUUCGCGCUGAUCUCACAAGAAGAGACCAUAGUGGAGAAGCGAUUGACGAACAUCAGAUAAAGGAGUUGGAAACACAGAUCGAGACUGAGAGAGUCAACAGACGCCGUCUAGAAGAUGAGAACACCCGUUUGAAGAACAGGAUGACCCGACUAGAGAGUGGGCAGAAAGCAGGGUUGAACGACCUUCAGGAGCAGAUUAGAAAAUUGAGGGAGGAGUUAGGUGUUAGAUACUAG